AUGUCUUUAAACCACAUCAAACAUUUUUUUAUAAAGGAUCUCAGGCCUCCAACAGUGAUUGGACAGUUCCACACGCUCUUCUUUGGCUCUGUGCGCAUGUUCUUUCUUGGGGUUUUGGGCUUUGCAGUUUAUGGCAACGAAGCUUUGCAUUUCAGCUGUGAUCCAGAUAAGAGAGAGUUAAACCUCUUCUGUUAUAACCAAUUCAGACCAAUAACGCCUCAGGUAUUCUGGGCAUUACAGCUGGUGACUGUUUUGGUUCCUGGAGCUGUUUUUCAUCUUUAUGCUGCUUGUAAAAAUAUAGACCAGGAAGAAAUCCUCCAAAGACCCAGCUACAUUGUGUUUUAUAUCAUCUCUGUCCUGUUAAGAAUUAUUUUUGAGGUUAUAGCAUUUUGGCUUCAGAGCCAUCUUUUUGGUUUUCAGGUUCACUCACUUUACAUGUGCAGUGCUAGUGCCCUUGAGAAAACAUUUCAUGUUACCAGAUGUAUGGUACCAGAACAUUUUGAGAAGACCAUCUUUCUCAGUGCAAUGUACACCUUUACUGUUAUCACAGUGGUGUUGUGUGUUGCAGAGAUUUUCGAGAUACUCUGUAGCAGAUUGGGCUAUUUGACCAGCCAGUGA